AUAUAGCAGAAUGGGCAGUGCACUGGCAAAAGAGGGGCAUGUUGGAAAGGAUUAUAGAUCCCCAUCUCCUGGGAUCUAUAAAUCUAGAGUCCCUGAGGAAAUUCGGUGAAACAGCCGAAAAAUGCCUAGGGGAGCAUGGAGCAGAGAGGCCAACAAUGGGAGAUGUUUUGUUUAAUUUGGAGUAUGCUCUGCAGCUGCAAGUGACUUGUGUACAGAAUGUAUCGUCGGAAAACAGUGCUAACUAUUUUCCAGAUAUCUGUGGAUGGAUCCCAGGUGACACCAUUACUGACCAAGAUUCUGAUGCAACGGCGACGAGCAGUGGAGUUUUUUCACAGUUGAUGGAUCCAAAGGGUAGAUAGUUCUGUAAAAGUGGUAAAUUUUCUUGAUUAAUUUCUUCUGUUUUAGUGUGUAUUUAGGUUUUUUCUCAUAUUAACGGGUUCAGGUCUAGGCAUGAUUUUUCUCCACUUUGACUGACAGUAAAAGUUGUAAGAAAUUUGGAAUUCAAUA